AACCUAACUCUUGGACGCUGCAGUUUAGGUUGUCCAACGAACCUCACAUCUUUCGCAUCGUUCACUAGAUUUCUUUUCUUCUUUUCAACUUCCCAAGAUUCCUUCGGGCUCUGUAUUACUUCCAAAGCGACAUGACAGCGGGCGUUUCUAGACCCCACCCCAAGCAUAAUCACGACUCCAUACACCCGAUAAUGCCAAAGCUCCCCCCGACUUCCUACACAACCACAAACACCACGAUACCGCCCAGGGCCACCCCAUCAUGACACCAAACUCCCAAUUCGACGCGGGCCUGUCCCACCCAGAAGGCCAAUGCCCCUUUUGCGUAAUCGCAACAGAAUACCCUCCCUACGACCCCUCCAAACCCCCACAAGACGACGGCCCCAAUGCAACCCUCGACCCAAACCGCAUCCCCACGCCCGCCUUCAUCGUCCUCUCGACUCCUCUCCUCGUCGCCUUCCUCGACAUCCUUCCCCUAUCCCGGGGCCACCUCCUCCUCUGCCCGCGCGCCCACCGCCCGAAAUUGACCGACGCCUCACCCGAGGAGUCGGCCGAGAUGGGCCGCUACCUGCGCGUGCUGUCCAACGCCCUGGCGCGCACGACGGGCGUGGAGGAUUGGAACGUUGUGCAGAAUAACGGGGCUGCGGCGGCGCAGGUUGUGAUGCAUAUGCACUUCCACCUCAUUCCGCGACCCGAGAUACGCGCGAGCGGGCGCUAUAGCGAGAGCUUCACCAUGUUUGGGCGGGGCCGGAGGGAAGAGUUGGACGAUGAGGAUGCGGAGCAUUUCGCAAAGGAGUUGCGAGAGAACGUGGCUGAUAUCUUGAGAGAAGAGAAGCACAAGCCGAAACUUUGAUGAGCGAGAUGGGAUGAGGACUAUGCUUUUUUUUUUUUUUUUUUAAAAAAAAAGAUCAUUUAUUCAUCUCAUGUAUAUCA